AUGUUUUGUCCAUAUCUAGAAUCGGUUGUUUUCUGGUCGUGCGAGCAAGCAGCAGUGGAGGUGCAGUCGGUUCCCGCUCUUCCUGUUGUCGCUCCUCUGGAAGAUUCUGCGUCAACGGAGGCAGAUGCGGAAAUCAUUCACCAUUCCACUGAGGCUGGCAAGGCGGACGCUGCAACUGUGACUGUUGCCGUUUCAAUUCAGGCUGAGAAAGCUGAGGAAGAAAAGAAACCGUUGGAGUUAAAAGGGAAAGUGUCUUCGUUCCUGGAGCUCCUUGCUCAAGAGAACUCAGUAGCGUAUCCUACUGUGGCUGUUACUUCCUCAGCCAAGGUUGCGGCCUGGUUGGGUGUGGAGCAGGGUGGGAAGGAGGGAGCAGAGGCGAGCAGCGGGUGGUGCAGCUUGAGUCGCAGUGAGAGCAGCUGCAGCAGCCUCAGUGCGUGUCUCAUCCACCUCUCCUCGGACUCCUCCUCUUCCUCCUCUGCUGAUAGCCUCUGCAACAGCCGCACUGGCUUGACGAAGGAGGUUGCUGGUGUGAAGAGGGGGACUGGCCGAGGCGUUUCCAGGAUAGGGAAGGGAUGCUUUCUGUCCACUGCUUACCAUUUCACUGAGCUCUUGGCAGCUGAGGAAAAAUCAGUGAAGAGUGGGAUGGAUAAGGACGUUUUAUGCAGUGGAAAGGACUGGAGCAUGAAGGUGAAGGGGUUUGGGAAGGCGGAGGAAGGACGGAUGGUCUCAAACCAGUUGUUUAGGUGUGAUUAUGGGGAGGAAGAGGAGGAGGAGGAAGAGGAUGGCAGUAGCAAGCUAAGUUCCAGGACCCUUGGGACAGGAACGAUGUGCUACAUGAAUCAGCUGUAUAUGGAUGAGGAAGAGGAGGAGGAAAGGGAGGCGUUGGCAGUGUCAGGUAUUUCGGUCGGCAUCGGCAGGUUUGGAGCCAGGCGCAGAAUCACUGGCUCUAGCAGCCGGGUCACCCUCCGCAGAAUGAGCAGUGUACUUCGCCAAUAUUAG